UGCAGAGGAAAAUUUCUCCUUAGCGACGACGAGGCGGCGGGCGGCCACUCUCCAGUGUCAUUUGCCCGCCUCACCUGCACUCUCUCCAUCUCUCUCCUCCGGCGAAGGCGCGGCGCGGCGGCGUUCUCCCCCCGCCUCGCCUCCUCCUCCUCGCGCGCGCGGCCGCGGCGAGCCAGGCUCGGAGGCGGCGGCGUUGACGGGACGGGCUCCUCUCCUCUCCUCCCCGACCACACCCUACCUUCGCCCCCGCGCUGCCUCCUCGCGCGCACGGCCGGGAGACAAGCCAGGGGCGACGCGGCCGGCCUCGCUCCGCUCGGCUCCAUCUCGGUUCCAGUCGAAUUGGAGAAUGCUUAAAUGCAGACAAUAAAACGGUUGCCAAAAAGUGUCCAUAGCUCGUUGCGCUCAAGCAUUGUUCUAUUUGACCUAUCAAGGGUUGUUGAGGAGCUGGUAUAUAAUAGCAUUGACGCAAAUGCGAGCAAGAUUGACAUCUCAGUGAAUGCCAGAGCAUGUUAUGUUAAAGUGGAAGAUGAUGGCUGUGGUAUUACUCGUGACGAACUGGUUCUUGUAGGAGAAAAAUAUGCAACAUCCAAGUUUCAUAAUGUCAUGGUUGAUGGGGAACCUAGUUCCAGAAGUUUUGGAUUAAAUGGCGAAGCACUCGCAUCACUAUCUGAUAUCUCUGUUGUUGAAGUCAGGACAAAAGCUCGCGGGCGACCAAAUUCAUAUUGCAAGAUAAUAAAGGGAUCCAAAUGCUCACACCUGGGAAUAGAUGAGCAGAGGGAAGUUGUUGGAACCACAGUUAUUGUUCGCGAGCUUUUUUACAAUCAACCUGUACGCAGGAAACAAAUGCAAUCUAGUUACAAAAGAGAACUACAUCUUGUGAAGAAGUCUGUUCUGCGAGUUGCACUCAUUCAUCCACAAGUUUCACUCAGACUUUUUGAUAUUGAGAGUGAAGAUGAGUUGCUAUACACGAUUCCUUCAUCCUCCCCCUUGCCUCUUGUAUCAAACAUUUUGGGGAAAAAUGUCUCCAGCUGUCUUCAUGAGAUAGCUACCUCUGACAAGCAUUUUGCUCUUUCAGGGCACAUCUCCAGACCAACAGAUGUGUUCUGUAAUAAGGAUUUCCAGUACUUGUGUAUCCUACAAUCCAGUUCUUCACUGUCUAUUUCCAUAGUUUCACAUACCAUUUUUCUGAAAGCUUGAGUUGGGAGAUAUCCUUGACUUUCCAAAGAUAUCAACUCAAGAUUCGUCAGUAAAAGCCCAAUCCACAAUAUGCUCAAUAACCUGGCAUCUAGUUUUCAAUCUUCUGCAAGGAAUGAGGAAAUUGAUGUUCGGAGUAAGAAGAGGCAGAAGAAUGAAGUCUACCCUGCAUAUCUGCUAAACUUGUGCUGUCCUAGAUCAAGCUAUGAUCUACAUUUUGAGCCUUCACAGACUAUUGUGGAAUUCAAGGAUUGGCAAACUGUCAUGUAUUUCUUUGAACGAACUAUCACAGACUAUUGGAAGAAGCAUGCACCUCAACUGCCAGAAGUGAAAGCUAUUGGCAAUGAUACCUGUGUGCCUUUGGAAAGAGAUGUGAAAUCAAGUCAGGAACUGUUAAGGCGUCAUGGUGUGCAGAAGAAAGAAGAUGUCGCUGAAUUGUACCAAACAGCUCUGCAGAAGAAUACAGUACGAGACAUGAAUUUUGAUACAGCUGCCCCAGCAGAACCUAAAGACAAUUACCUUUCUUUGGAUAUGGAGCCAUCCACAUGGCGUGCCUGCUAUGACCAGAUCAGUGAUGCAUCCCACACAGAUGAUGUUGCUAGGAAUGGUCGGAAAUUUGGUCAUAAGCAAAUAUGUUCCCUUCAAAGUUAUAGUUAUCAGUGGUUAGAGGACGGCUCUUCCCUGUUAGAAGACUCUGAUCUUUCAAGUGCUAACCCAACUAUUUGUAAAAUGCAAAAGACAGAAGAUAUAUUCCAUGGGCAUGCAUAUUCUGGUAAGUUUGGACUGCUACAAGAUGCAGAAAUCGAAAUCGGUCCAGAAAUUAAACUCCAAGAAUAUUGCUUUGAAUCUCCCAAUAAACCGAACAGAAUGACCUGCGAUUUUGUGCAAAAGCAAACCAAUAUAGAGGCACACAUUUCAGGCCGUGAUGGAUUCUAUGUUGAUUUUGAUAAAUUGAACGAGGACUGUCUACUCAAUGAGAUAUCAAAGACAAUCACUGAUGUUUCCUGCCCUCAAAUGCCACACUUUAAUGAUGGACUCUGUCCUGAGGACGUUGGCUCCUCCAAGAGUUCCUGUAGUGUCAGGAAAAAGUCUAGUAAAAGGCAAAAUAGUGCUAAUGCAAUUGCCCAGAUGAAGUUCCAUGAUAUGCAAGCAGUUUGCGAAAGUGAUUACAUGGAUAGGUCCUUCAUCAAGGAUACAUGUGGCCUUCAUUUCUUUCAUCCAUUCUCGUUGGCUGAUACACCUCGCAGUCACAGUCGUGCAAGGAUUGACUUGGAAUUGCAUGGAAGGUCAAAUGAAAGCAUUAACAGUUGGAACUGUGAAAAUAUUGGCACUGAUUUUGGAUUUACUUCAGACAGGUUUAAUAUUGAUUCAUCAAUGAUUUUUGAAGGAAGCAAACAUCUCAAUAACUUUGGCAAUGGAACUCAAUCUCCUAGUUACUUCAAUCAUGAAUAUUGUUCUGUCGGUCAGUUUGCUUCCAAACAGGAUCGGAUACCCUUGAAAUCAAAACAUGAUGCAAGAAUGUCAUAUGAUAUUUCUCCUGAGAAAAGUUCUACUGGUUGUCAUUUGAAUGUUUCUUUUUCCCAAGUGGCAAAAAGCAGCAAGCUUACUGAAGAUCAGUAUGGAUGCAGUCAGAGGCCCAGGCUUUCCAGAGGUAGAUAUAGGAGUCGUUCUGCACCACCAUUUUACAGAGGCAAAAGAAAAUUCCCUAGAUUAAACGAACCACUAACCAAAUUGACUACAGAAGGUGGUAAAUAUACCACUGUUAAUGACUCAGGAGAUAUCACACCUGUUCAGGAGUAUACAUCACAUAUGAACGCAACCCAACCUAUUCCUGAGACCUUUAGCAAUGACUUUUCUGACCUAAAUUUCAGCUUGAAGGGAAAUGUCAAAAUGUGCGAAGAGAAAUGUUCUGAUGAACUCGAAGAUUCUACUGCUUCAGAUGAAAUAACAAAAUGGCGUGAUGACUCUGACCAUCAUGCAGUUGAGCAUUUUGUGCCAAGAGUUAUAUCACUGUGCACAAUUUUCUAUGCUCAUAUUUUAUCUCUCUGUGUAGGUUUCGGAGUUGCAACAUGGUCCUUUUGAACACGAUGAUGAUGUACUUAGCAUUUCUUAUGGGCCCUUACACCUCUCAUGCAGUGUUCUAGUUCCUGAAUGUAUUGAUAAAAAUUGCUUUGAGGAGGCAAGAGUUUUGUUGCAGCUGGAUAAGAAAUUUAUUCCUGUCAUAUCUGGGGAAGUACUACUCCUUGUUGAUCAGCAUGCAGCUGAUGAAAGGAUACGUUUGGAGGAACUCCGUCGAAAGGUUUUAUCAGAUGAUGGCAGAGGGAUUACUUACUUGGACUCUGAGGAGGACUUAGUUCUCCCUGAGACUGGAUUUCAAUUGUUCCAAAAGUAUAUGCAACAGAUCCAAAGUUGGGGCUGGAUCAUCAACAGUACUAAUUCCUGUGAAUCAUUCAAAAAGAACAUGAACGUUCUGAGGAGACAAUCGCGCCGUCUUACUCUUGCUGCUGUUCCAUGUAUUUUGGGCGUCACUUUAACAGGAAAAGAUCUUAUGGACUUCAUUCAGCAGCUUGAUGACACAGAUGGGUCGUCAGCUAUCCCCCCAGCGGUCAUUCGUAUUCUCAAUUUCAAGGCUUGCAGAGGUGCGAUCAUGUUUGGCGAUCCUCUGCUACCAUCGGAGUGCUCUCUGAUUAUCGAAGAACUGAAAGCAACAUCUUUAUGUUUCCAGUGUGCUCAUGGACGUCCGACCACCGUGCCGAUUGUGAACGUCGCAUCUCUCCGCGGCGAGUUGGCGAGGCUCGGAGCGGUGAACGGAAGGCAAGAAGAGACCUGGCAUGGUCUCUCGCACCAUGGACCCAGCCUUGAACGUGCUCGAACGCGCCUCAGAGAACUGAGAAAGCUACGUGGUGGCCUGUAGCUGUACAACAGUACAAGAUGUAGGAUCAUAUAGAGGGUAAAUAGUCCAAAAGAAAAGGAGAAGUGUUGCAUAGUGCUUCAAUAGGAAGCGGCUUUGUAGUUUGCAGAGAUAGAUAUGCCAUUGGUUCACGAAGAAGAGGUAAAAUGGCCAUGAGCCGUGUUGUACACUUGUAAACCAUUGUGAUUUGUGAAGGCCAUUCUCACCCUGUAAAUAUAUGACAAUAUUUUUCGCAGUUUUCAGAGCAAAAGCCAAGUCCGGCUCUCUUUUUUUUUUUUUACAAAGCAAAAGGUAAUAAGCUUAGCAGCUUGGGCUCCUUUGAAACACAUGAAUUUUAAAUGAACUAACUUGAUUUCUACAAAAUUUAUCUUACAAAGUCCGCCUUAACAAGGUUUUUGCCUUUCUUUCCAGAUGAUGACCAAAGUAGAAGAGACAGUGGUAGCCCAACUCCUCAAUCCUCAAUCUAAAGUUGGGCCUUGCUUAUGUGGGCCAGCCUAUGAUCCCAAGCCAAUUCAGCCCAUGAUGAGAGGACGGCCUCUCUCGUGAACCGUGCAAUGUACUCCUACGGUACAGCGUUGGCGCGCGGCUGCGGCUUUCGGAGUUCCAUUUCCCCCCCCAAAUCCUCCCGCCCAAAUCUCGGUCAGUCUCUCUCUCUCUCUCCAAUUCCCCAUCUCUCUCUCCUCCACCUCGCCGCCGAUGGGCGCCGCCACGGCGGACGAAGACUUCGCCACCCCGCCGCCGCCGGCGCGGGCGCCCGGCGGCAGGGUGUACCAGGUGGGCGGCGUGCCGGUGGAGUUCCCGUACAAGCCGUACGGGACGCAGCUCGCCUUCAUGGGCCGCGUCAUCGCCACGCUGGACCGCGCGCGGCGGCAGGGCCGCUCCCACGCGCUCCUCGAGUCGCCCACCGGCACCGGCAAGUCGCUCUCCCUCCUCUGCUCCGCGCUCGCCUGGCAGCGCCACUACCCGCUGCGUGCCCCGCCCGCCGCCGCCCCCGACCCGUUCCUCCACGGCGGCGGCUUCGUCCCCGACGACACCCAGAAGCAGGCGACGCCCGGCGUCCCGGAGAAGGCGACCAGGAAGAAGAAUGUUCCGACCAUCUACUAUGCGACGAGGACGCACGCGCAGAUAACCCAGGUGGUCCGGGAGUACCGCAAGACGUCAUACCGAGUUCGCAUGGCCAUCUUGGCCUCAAGGAAGCACUACUGUGUCAAUAAGAAUGUGUGCAUGAGUGGCAACAUCGAUGAACUAUGCAAGUCACUCCUUGAUGACAGUGCUCAAGGCUGUCCAGAAUACAAGAAUGCACAGAAACUAAGUCGCCAUCCAUCCCUUCAGAUUGGUGGCUGCUAUGAAGUUCAUGAUAUUGAGGAUCUCGUUAGAGUUGGACGGAAAGUGAAGGGGUGCCCAUAUUUUGCUGCACAAACUAUGGCUGAGGCAGCUCAACUGGUUUUCUGCCCAUAUAACUAUCUGAUUAGUCCAAUCGUGAGGAGAGCAAUGGACAUUGACAUAAGAGGCUCAAUCAUUGUUCUUGAUGAGGCUCACAACAUAGAAGACAUAGCACGUGAUGCUGGAAGUUUUGAUGUUGAUGAAGAAUCACUUCUCUUUUUGCGGCAAGAACUAGAAGGGUUAGUCACUGAUGAGGCUGUUGCAAAGAUAUACGAACCCUUGCAUGAAGUUAUUCAGGGGCUUAAUGGUUGGAUUGAUGAGCAGGGAAAUAACCUUCAAAAGAAUGAGUUUGAGCAUCCUGCUUCAUUUUGGACUGGUGAAGAGGCUAUGAAGGAACUCAAGUAUGCUGGCAUUACUCCUGUAAACUUCCCAGUAUUGCAAGAGUGUGCAACAAAGGCUAUUAAAGCUGCUUCAGAUGCUGAAUCAGAAGGAGUGCACUUAAGUGGUGGUUCAGCUAUGACACUAGAGAGUUUGUUCUCCUCAUUGAGCUACUUUUUUGCUGAGAAUGGACGCCAUUCAAAUGAUUACCAACUUGCUUUACAGCGUUUUGCUAAACGUGAAGGCAAUUCUGUCACUUCUUUCAUUGGAUGGAAGUGUGUGAUGAGUCUGUGGUGUCUCAAUCCUGCUGUUGUUUUUCGAGACAUCGCAGAUCUAACACUUUCAGUAAUUCUCACAUCUGGCACACUCUCUCCAAUGGGAUCCUUUGCAUCUGAACUUGGUGUCCAGUUUGAAGCUUGCAUGGAAGCUCCUCAUGUAAUCAAUGCUGAUUCUCAGGUUUUUGCAACUGUGCUAUCAUCUGGCCCAACAGGACGUCGACUGAAUGCCAGUUAUAGAACUGCAAAUGAAUAUUCUUUCCAGGAUGAACUUGGAGCUACACUAGAAGAAAUAUGCAGAGUAGUGCCUGGUGGUGCUCUUGUGUUUUUUCCUAGCUACAAUUUGUUGGAGAAACUUCAAAGGCGCUGGUCUCAGACAGGUCAAUGGGCACGAUUGGAGGCUCAAAAGCAUGUAUGCGUUGAGCCUAGAGGAAGUACCGAGGAACUUGAGCCUGUCCUAAAAGGAUAUUACAACGCAAUCCUUGGCAAGGCUCCCCCAAAGAAAGGCAGAGGUGGUGCAAAACAAAUUGUGAAAAAUCGAGUGACAAAGGAUUCAUCACAGGAGUCUGCUAAAGGAGGUGCUGCUUUUCUUGCAGUUUGUCGUGGAAAGGUAUCUGAGGGGAUUGACUUCUCUGAUGACAAAGCUAGAGUUGUGGUUAUUGUUGGCAUUCCAUUUCCAAAUAUAAAUGACGUUCAAGUAAAGCUCAAAAAGAGAUAUAAUGAUUCAUACAAAUCAUCAAAAGAUUUGUUGAGUGGGAAUGAAUGGUACUGCCAUCAAGCAUUUCGUGCUCUGAAUCAAGCUGCAGGUCGAUGCAUUCGCCAUAAAUUUGAUUAUGGAGGGAUAAUUUUGAUUGAUGAGCGUUAUCAGGAAGAAAGAAAUAUUGUGUAUAUUUCUAAAUGGCUUAGGAAUUCAAUUAGGAAUUGUGGUACUUUCCAGGAGACAAUGGAUGGAUUGACAAGGUUUUUUCAAAAUGCUGAGGAACAAAUAAAAAUCAAAGCUCAAGGUGUGUCCCCUAAGGACAGAUUGGAUGCUUGUGUACUCCCAUCUCAAGGCGAUAAAAGAAAGCUGCCAUGGCCAGAACCAAAUUUCUCAAACCAGACAGUACUGCAAAAUAAUAAGGAUGUUAAGAGUGAAAGCCACAUUGAUGGUGCAGGAGUUGACCGUAUGAAGUUGUCUGAUACAUCAUCAGAGUCAUGGCAUCUCUCUUCAAAACAUUCUGGUUUAGUAAAGAAACAAAUCUCCCCAGAACCAGAAAAUGUGCCAAUGGCAUGCCAACUCCCUCCCUCAUACAAAGUUCAAUAUAAUUUAGAAGGUGAAGCAGAUAAUGGGACAAAUUAUGAAGUAAAUAUAAACUUCAUUGACUUGGAAGAGUGUGAUACUAAGCCACGGUAUGUGAAGUUAACUAUCUUUAAUCCUUCAGAACACAUAACACAACAAUCUACUGUUAUGGAAGAAACUUAUGCAGAGGUGCCAAUUGCUAGUCCCAGUAACCGAAAUGGGGAAAACGCCUCUACAGUGAUGAAUGAAGGAGAUCCGGUUUUAGAUCUGCCCAUUUCGCUUUCAGCUGCUAACAGAAACAUUUCUUGUGUGUCCACAUCGGCAGCUACUCCUGAAAGAUCAGGUAGCAUUAGUCAUUUGGAGCAUGAAUCUUGGACUAACAGAAGUGUGAAUUCCCACUGCCAGAAAAGGAGAAAGUUAAGCUCCCCUAUGAGCUGCUGUACCUACACAGAGCGUUCAUGUUCUCCAAGCAAACCCUACUUACAUGGUGGUUGUGAUGUAAGCAUGUUGCCUGGAGAUCUGAGAACUGAUGGAAUGUGUUGCAAGAGUAUGAAAAUGUCAAGAUGUGAAAAUGUUAAGGUUGAAAGAAACAGCAAGCUUGCAGAGUUCCCAUCGAGGGAAUCUACGCAGGAGAAGCUUUUCAUUUGUUGCGCUAGAUGCAAAACAGCACUUGGAUUACAAGAGGAUGGCUUUCUUGUUUCAUGCUCAUCGUCUUUGUCCUCAAAAUUUUACUUGACAUAUCUUUGGAGACAUGGACCAUCAGCAGAUAUCCUUCCAGGAAAAGAUUUUUUGGCAUCACCACCCUUGAAGAUAAAAGUGAUGGUGUGCAAUGUAUCUUCAGUGAACAAGAUGAUGCUUGGCAACUUGAGCAAUGAAGGUUCUGCUCAUAAUUCUAGUUUUUGGUCUGAAAAGGAUGGAUGUGUGUACAAGCCAGUAACUUGUCAGACUUGCUCUUGCAAAAACGCCUGUGUCACAACCCUCGGAGCACAAGUUGUUGCAACUGAUUCGUCAAAUCAACAAUUUUGUGAUAAGGUAAUUUUGUUUGAUGAUCUUCUGCAUGUCAAGCAUGGACCGUCGAAGGAUCAGGCUUUAAGUGCUCCCAUAGGUACUGUUAAACCCAUCUCACCCCCGCCAGUGAUUGAUCUCGAGUCCUUUGCGUACAAACCACUGAAGAAGGAUCCUGUGCCGGUGAACACAAGAAGGUCCAAGCUUAGGUUACCUGGCACAGCCAAAUCCAGGAAUGGUGCAUAAUAUGAAGGAUUCGUCUGCUAUAUGCUCUGAAAGAACUGGGAAGUCAAGUACACUUCACAAGCGAAUGGGGUGCCAAUUGCUGUGGGUUCUUUUUGUGUUGUUUUCCCCCUUCUGUAAGGAAAUAUGGGCAUGCCUCUUCUGGGUCAAUCUCUUCAUGGAUGAGAUCAGCAUGUUUCUUGUUCUUUUGUUGAAGGGUUGAUGUAAAAUAUAAACUGCCGGCAGCAUGGUAUAUGAUGUAAAUACAGAUUCGUAUUUUGAAUGGAUAAAUAUUAUAAACUGCAAGGCAAUUGGAAAAA